GGCGGAGUCAGGGAGGAGCUCUGCCCGGACUAGUUGCCGCUGGGCGCUGACUCGCCGCUCAUUAGUGCCGCUUGCUGCUUAGCACUAAGUUCGUGCCCUCUGCUCGCUGAGGGCGGCGGUGGUGGUCAUGGCAGCGGUGUGCCCUAUCUCUCCUGUGAGGCCGGCAGACAGCGCCUCUAAUGCCCGCCAAGACUGUAGCCCCGACCCGCAGACCAGCCCGGUUAAUGGCUUGAAUGGCGUGGAGGAGGAAAAAAAUCAACCAAACAGAGAUCCCAGGGGACCCAGUAUGUACAUACCUGUGUCUGAGUUGGCAGGGGCGUACUUUGGUGACAACAUUGCUGCUGUGAUGGGUAUACAUCCAGAGUACUUGCAUAUCUUCUGGAAAACACAACAUCAGCUCCUACGAAUGGACGGUGCUCUCUCCCUUCCAGAGAGACACUAUGUGGCAAUAAUGGCUGCUGCUCGGCACCAAUGUAUUUAUCUGGUGUCGCUCCACUCCUCCUGCUUUCUGCAGGUUGGAGGAGAUCCCCGUUGGUUGGAGGGCAUUCAACAGGCACCUAUUAAACUGCGUGUACUGAAUGACCUGAACAAGUUCCUUGCACACAGGCCGUGGAUGCUGGCCAAAGAACAUAUAGCAUUGCUUCUGCGCCCUCGUGAAGGUAACUCCUGGUCUCUAGCUGAAUUGAUCCAUGCAAUUGUUCUGCUAACUCACUUUCAUGCACUAUCUUCUUUCAUCAUGGGCUGUGGUAUCCGGACCCCACAGAGUCAGCUGAGUAAUUCCAGGCCCCCAUCUCCUGUUGAAUCCAAUGAGGCACUCAACAGUGCUGAAGAAGCAGAGCGUGUUGUAGCUGAAAUGCUGAAACUAAAUGAGGAAGGAGAAGAAGCCACUCGCGAGGAAAUGGAAACUAGAUUUGAAAAGGAAAAGAUUGAGAGUGUCAUGGUGACUGCCAAUGGUCGUAUCACACAGUGCUUCUUCUCUCCUGCUAUAUACCGCUUCCUGGAACACCCGGAAUUUGGAUACAUUGAUUUCACCAGACGUGGAGAGCAGGCUCCUCCUACUUUCCGUGCUCAUGAAUUCACAUGGGACUGCCAUGGGUAUUCGCUCAUGCAUGGAUUAUACUCUGAGAUUGGACAACUGCUGGAUGAAAAAUUCCAAGUGUCAUACAACUUGACCUAUCACACCAUUGCUACUCAUCAGGGUGUGGACACCUCUAGACUACGUCGAGCUAUCUGGAACUAUAUCCAGUGCAUCUAUGGCAUUAGGUAUGAUGAUUAUGAUUAUGGUGAAGUAAAUCAUCUACUGGAACGGAGUUUGAAGGUUUACAUGAAGACUGUGACUUGUCAUCCAGAAAGAGUAACACACCAACUCUACAAGGAUUUCUGGAGGCAAUUCAAGCACUCUGAAAAGGUUCACUUGAAUUUUCUCCUUUUAGAAGCUAAAUUGCAAGCUGCUCUGCUGUAUGUUCUCAGGGCCAUAUCCUCCUGCAAGACAUGAACUUGAAUUGGCACAUGGGGACGGACCAUCUCAGGAUUAAUGUCUGGACUAGGGUUGCCAUUAAUUCUUUUUCUGUUGUCUAUUUGCACUGAUAUUGAACAUUGCCCUUUUCUCUCAAAGUGGAGAUGUUAUUUUUUUCUAUUCUGUAGUUAGAUGUUUUUUUUGUUUGUUUUUUUUCUUCCACUUUCUCCCUUUGCAGGUUAUAUGUAGCAAUAUGCAACCACAAGCUAUAUCUACUUUUGUGGGGGUAUUUAUUUAUUUUUUAAUGUUUUUUUGGGGGUUUUUUCGUAAAGCAAAAUUGCACCUGUUCUUUGCACACUACAAUGCAGUACUAUAAACACUGGUGUUACUGUACAUCCAUUUGUGUAUCUCUCUCCCUGUGCAAUAUGUUCAGCUGGUAUUCAGUGAAGGAUUUAAGAUAUUUACACAGCCUUAAAAUCUACCUUAAUAUUUUUAUGUUUUAAAUGUCGUCUGUCAGU